UGAUCUCGUACUUCCGGGGCCGCUGUCAGCUCGGCUCGAGCCCCCCUUCUCCUCCUCCAAACUCGGCACCGAACCGCCGUUUUUUUGGACGAACUUCCACGGACGAACUCAUGGGGCCUACAGGCGAGGUGGUGUUUGCGGGAGCCGAGCCGGAGGCGAAGCCGCCGCUCAACCGGCUCCGGUGGGACCUGGGCCCGGAGGAGAUCCGGCGGCGCACCGGGGAGCUCAUGGCCCGGACCAAAGCCGUGUACGACGGCGUGGCGGCGCUGCCGCUUGACCAGGUCAGCCCGGAGAACACGCUGAAGGCACUGGCAGACGUGGAGGUGGAGUACACCGUGAACAGGAACAUGCUGGACUUCCCGCAGCACGUGUCGCCCAGCCGGGCGGUGCGGGCCGCCAGCACCGAGGCCGACAAGGCGCUGUCCGAGUUCGACGUGGAGAUGAGCAUGAGGAGCGACGUCUACCGGAGGGUGGUGGCCCUGCAGGAGAAGCCGCACCUCCUGCAGCCUCUCUCCGCCGAGUCGCGGCGCUUCCUGGAGCGCCUGGUGAAGCUGGGCCGCCGCAACGGCCUGCACCUGGACACACACACCCAGGAGGAGAUCAAGCGUCUGAAGAAGCAGCUGAGUUCUCUCUGCAUCGACUUCAACCGGAACCUGAACGAGGACUCCAGCUGCCUGCUGCUCAGCAGGGAGGAGCUUGGCGGCCUGCCCGAGGACUUCCUGGACUCGCUGGAGAAGGAGGGCGACCGGCUGCGCCUCACGCUCAAGUACCCGCACUACUUCCCGGCCAUGAAGAAGUGUCACGUGGAGGAGACGCGGCGCCGCCUGGAGGAGGCCUUCAACUCGCGCUGCAAGGAGGAGAACUCGGCCAUCCUGAAGCAGCUGCUGUCCCUGCGCGCCCAGAAGAGCGCGCUGCUGGGCUUCGCCACGCACGCCGACUUCGUCCUGGAGAUGAACAUGGCCAAGAGCAGCCGGCGGGUGGCCGACUUCCUGGACGAGCUGGCGCGGCGGCUGAAGCCGCUGGGCGAGCAGGAGCGCGCCGUGCUGCUGCGCCUCAAGGAGGCGGAGUGUCGGAAAAGGGGCGUGGCCUUCAGCGGGACGCUGCACGCCUGGGACACGCGCUACUACAUGACCCAGGUGGAGGAGACCCAGUACUCGGUGGACCAGAACCAGCUGAAGGAGUACUUCCCGCUGGACGUGGUGACGGCCGGCCUGCUGGACAUCUACCAGGAGCUGCUGGGCCUGCGCUUCACCCGGCUAGCCACCGCUAGCGCUAGCGCUAACGCUAGCGACGCUAACACUAACGCUAGCAGCGAUAAGGCUGAAACUAGCUCCACAAGUUCCAACACUAGUGCCAGUAAUGCCACCGCUAACGCUAACGCUAAUGCUAACGCUAGCACGGCCGCCGCUAAAGCUAGCGCCGCCGACGCCGAAAGCGGCGCCGGUAAUACUGACGCCCCGAGCAAGGCUAACGCUAGCGGCGCUAGCAUUAGCGUGUGGCACCCGGAGGUGUCGUGUUACGCCGUGCACGACCGCGAGAGCGGCGAGGCGCUGGGGGUGUUCUACCUGGACCUGCACCCCAGAGAGGGGAAGUACUCCCACGCCGCCUGCUUCGGCCUGCAGCCGGGCUGCCUGCUGCCGGACGGCCGCCGCCAGCCGGCCGCCGCCGCCAUGGUGGCCAACUUCAGCCGGGGGGCGGGGCCCGAGCCGGGUUCGGCGUCGGCGGGGGCGGAGCCGACCCCGGCGCCCUCGCUGCUGCAGCACGACGAGGUGGAGACCUACUUCCACGAGUUCGGCCACGUCAUGCACCAGCUGUGCGCCCGCGCCGACGUGGCCGCCUUCGCCGGCACGCACGUGGAGCGCGACUUCGUGGAGGCGCCGUCGCAGAUGCUGGAGAACUGGGUGUGGGAGGCGGAGCCUCUGGGCCGCAUGGCGCGCCACCACCGCAGCCGCCAGCCGCUGCCCCAGGGCCUCAUGGGAAAGCUGGCCCGCUCCCGGCUGGCCAACACCGGCCUCUUCAACCUGCGGCAGAUCGUCCUGGCCAAGCUGGACCAGGCGCUGCACACCCGGCCGGGGCUGGACCCGGCCCAGGAGUACGGCCGGCUCAGCCGGGAGCUGCUGGGCGUGGCCGCCUCGCCAGGCACGGACAUGCCGGCCACGUUCGGCCACCUGGCCGGCGGCUAUGACGCGCAAUACUACGGAUACCUGUGGAGCGAGGUCUUCUCCAUGGACAUGUUCCAGAGCCGCUUCAAGGCCCAGGGGGUCAUGAACCCGGAAGUGGGGCGGGACUACCGCCGCUGCGUCCUGGCGCCGGGCGGCUCGCUGGAUGCCGAGGAGAUGCUGCGCAACUUCCUGGGUCGCGACCCCGAGCAGGAGGCCUUCCUGCUCAGCAAGGGGCUGAGCCCCGAGGCACAGGCCACGCCCACCCCGGCCUGCUGAGGCCACGCCCACUCUCCCGGAAAAACCAAACCAAUAAAAGUCGUCGAAUCAUGA